UUAUUAGCAGAAGAAAUCGACUUUUGUUGACGGAUGUUGAGUCUAUGUCGUAGUCAAGGCUAGUAUUUUGUUUGGUUUUUUUUUUCAUUUUACAAUCGGAUUUAUUGAUAUGUUUACGGACGAAGCACAAGUGUCAGUGAGUAUCCAGUCAUCCUGGCGAAAAUCUCAGCAGUCGUCGCAGGAGUCGAGAGGCUGCCAGACCAGAGCCAUUCACAGUACUGAAACAGGAGUACAGACCUGUUCCAGCGUCGUCAGCAGUACUCAAACAGAACUCCAAGAUCAUGUAACGACACAGUUCCUCCAAGACCCCCACAAUAUGCUCCAUUUGCCCGGCUUGAACGACUUCCUACGUCAAAUUGAGGCCCCAGUUAUCCGUGAGUUGGUCAGAAAUGCCAAGAGUCAUGCUUUUGAUGGCUUUCAGGUGAACUGGGAAGAACACAAUCAAAUGGUUUUGUGCCUUCACCAACUUCAACAUCCCAGGGCCCUAGAGCAAGAUCUUCAUGUCACGAGCGUGUCCUGGAGUUGUACUGGUGCAGUCAUAGCCUGUGCUUAUGGCCGGAUGGCAGAAGGCGAUUGGAGCAAUGAUAAGUCAUAUAUUUGCACAUGGAACAUAGAUCAUGGAGGUCUGAACCCCAAACAAGCUGAUCUGGUCAUCGAUGUUCCUACUCCAGUGACAGCUCUGUGUUGUCACCCCAAGCACCCCGCUCUAAUGACAGGUGGUUUAUACAGUGGGGAAGUGAUCGUCUGGGACACCAGCCAGUCAACAGAUCCAGUAGUGGCUCAAACUGGCAUGUCUGCAGAUAGCCACAGAGAGCCCGUUUGUCAGGUUACCUGGGUGCCCCUGCAGAAUAAAGGAGAGUUUGGUGUUCUGAGUGCAUGCUCUGGAGGGAGGAUUCUGCUAUGGACAGUGAGCGCGGAGCAAGGAAAAUGUGUCCUGAAAGUGGCCUUUGCCCUCGUGCAACAGCAAGUUCUUUCCAAGAACAUCAGUUUCAAGGGUCAAGGCACCAGCCCUGUGGGUGUCACCUCCUUGGAUCUGUCUCCAUGGGACCCAGACACAUUUUUAGUAGGCUCCGAGGGUGGCCUACUACUGAGAUGCUCCCUCUCCUCACAGACACCAGCAGCGGUCCCGUCUGAAUGUCUCAGCGUGCCACUGAGAGCCCCAGCCGUCUUCUCUUUUCGGCCUGGCAGCGGCCCUGUCCACUCCAUACACUGCUCACCUUUUCACAGGAACCUGUUUUUGAGUGCAGGAACUGAUGGUCUGGCUCACCUCCAUUCUCUGCUACAGACCAACCCACUGCGCUCAAUACGAGUGUCAGACACUUAUGUUUUUAAAGUGCAGUGGUCUCCAACCAGGCCGCUGCUUUUUGCUGCAGCCACUGGACAAGGUGAGGUGCAAAUAUUCGAUCUGAGUCGCAGGUCCCUGAGACCAGCAGCCACGAUUGACCCAGGAGGCGUUGGCCACGCCGCAACCUGUUUGGCCUUCAACUGUCAAAACCCCGGCCUCCUUGCAGUGGGAAAAACCAAUGGAACAGUUGGUGUUUGGAAGCUCAGCACUGAUUUAACAGAACAGAUCCCCACAGAGAGCCAUCUUCUGGAGCAAAUAGCCAAUCAAGUAGCAGAAUGACACUGUGGGAUGGAUGGGGACUACUGCAAUUGUAGUGACGGUUGCCGUUUCGGCCAUGUGUCAUAUGGAACCGGAGUUAUAUUUCAAAAGGCAAAUCAAAAGCUAAUGGAAUGAAUAUUGUUUGAUGGUGUUUUACACAGCUAUAGACUUAUAACAGUCAUCGGAGCUGGACCCUCGUCUCUUAAUGAAGACGUAAUAAGGACGUCAUUGUCAUUUCUGAUCAUGGGUUUGCAAAAAUUUUGAUCAUCACAGGUUUAUGAACAUCGGGGUUGAUUUGGGGCUAACAAAAACUACAGCAAAUGUCCUAGAGAGAAAGAGGGAUAUUCCUAACUUUACUCACAUUUUCCAUUUCAAAUUUACUAUGUGAUGUUACCGAUAUAUUUAAAAGUAAAUGUAAUUUAUGAUGAAUGGCUGGCAACCAGUUCAAGGUGUACCCCGCCUACUGCCCGAAGACAGAUGUGAUCGGCUCCUGUGCGCACCACGGCCCUUUUGAGGGUAAAGCGGAUUGCAAAAUGGAUGGAUGGAUAAAAUUAAACUGUUUUGGACUUUAAUAUGUUUCUUUUUUUUCCCUUUUUCUCGUUUUAUAUUGUUUGCUGGGCUUGUUCGAAUCUUGGUAGUUGCUAUGAUUGAACAGGAUAAAAUAGCAAAAGAUUUGUCAAGUCAGAUGCCUUACGGGUUUAAGGACGUUUGUAAAACUGAAUGUUUACAGUUUCAUCUGUCGUGGUGGAAUUGCAAUACUGUAAUGACAUGACCUUAUAUUAUUAAAAGUGCAGCUAAUU